AUGAGGACAUGCAGUCCAAAAUCCAAAGAAACUAGAGAAUCCCACGAAGGGGAGGGAACCGUAAGGAACUCGUGCACUCAAAUAUGUGGAACUCAGGAUGGUAUUAGUAAAUCCUGUGCGAAAAUCAUACUUGUGAAUGUUUUUCCAAAAGACAAUCCCCCAAAUACACGGACUGUUUACUGUUUGAUUGACGACCAGAGUAAUAGAUCACUCGCAACAAGAAAAUUUUUCGAUGAAUUUCUUGAACAGGGGCAUCAAUCUGAGUACGUCCUUUCAACCUGCUCUGGUCAAUACACGACUUCUGGCCGUCACGCCAAAAACUACGUAAUCCAAAGUUAUGAUCAGAAGACUUCUUUAUUGCUACCGGAAAUUAUAGAGUGUGACAACAUACCGAAUAACCGUUCCGAAAUCCCGUCACCAGAGUUAGCGGAGAAAUUCGACCACUUGAAAGAUAUCUGUCAGUUCAUACAGCCGAUUAAAUCGGAAUUCGACAUAGAACUCUUAAUUGGGAGAGACCUGAUCUCAGCUCACCAUGUGUUAGAUCAACGCAUUGGAAAUUGCGGCUUUCCGUAUGCGCAGAGACUUCAUUUAGGAUGGGUGAUUCUAGGGGAAACAUGUUUAGGCAAAGUGCAUCACCCUGACGUAGUCCGCGUCAAUAAGACUCAUGUAUUAGGAAAUGGUAGAGCUACUCACUUCAAACCAUGUGAAUAUGACUUACACGUCAAAUCAGAUGACGUUUUCAAUAAGACACCAUAUGAUGAGAAUGUCGGCUUAUCGAUCGAGGACAAAGAUUUUCUUGAUAUUAUGGACUCCAAUUUCGAAAGGGAUCAAAACAGACAAUGGACAGCUCCAUUGCCUUUUCACACAAAUAGGCAACCUUUACCGAGUAAUCGUAGUCUAGCGGAAAAGCGGGCAAGGUCAUUCGAUUAUUCAUUAGCAAAGGAUGAGAAGAAAGCGAAACAUGUUGUAGACUUCAUGCAAAAGGUGUUGGAUAACAAUCACGCUGAACAAGCUCCUACUUUGAAAUGUGGUGAAGAACAUUGGUAUUUGCCAGUUUUUGGGGUCUAUCACCCUCGCAAGCCUGAUAGCAUUCGAUUAGUAUUUGAUAGCAGUGCUAAAUUAGAGAAUCGAUCACUCAGUGAUGCGUUGUUGAAAGGUCCAGAUUUGACCAAUAAACUCUUAGGAAUUCUACUCAACUUUAGAAAGGAAAAGAUAGCAAUUACCUGUGACGUAGAACAAAUGUUCUAUAACUUUAAAGUUCGUGAAGACCAUAGAAACUUUUUACAAUUUUUGUGGCAUGAACAAAAUGAUCUGUCAAAACCGCUUACUGAGUUUCUUAUGACCGUUCACGUUUUCGGCAACCGCCCAUCUCCGGCUAUAGCCACCUAUGGAUUCCGGAAGACCGUCGAAAACGAAGAUCAGGACGUUCAAGUCUUUGUGAACAAGCAUUUUGAUGUAGAUGAUGGACUGAUAUCGUGUCAAAAUGUCAGGGAAGCCGUCAAUCUUAUCAAAAGGACUCAACUAGCCUUGUGGAAUGGUGGUAAAAUGCGUCUUCACAAAAUCACGUCUAAUAGCACUGAACUUUUGGGACUUUUUGACUCAAGUGACUUAGCGAAAGGCUUGAAAAACUUAAAUUUAAGUUCGGAUGAACUCCCCACUCAGCGUAGUUUAGGUGUGUCAUGGGACAUAAGUACGGAUGAAAUAACCUUUCAAGUAUCAUCGGAUGUGAAACCAUUUACUCGACGUGGAGCCCUAUCUAUCAUAAACAGCAUAUAUGACCCAGUUGGUUUUGCUGCGCCCGUGAUAAUCAAAGGGAAGUUACUACUUCGUGAGAUGAUAGGAUCUAGUGUCGUUGACUGGGAUGACGUCUUGUCAGAUUCGUAUCUCGAACAAUGGGCAUCAUGGCCGGGUGACCUCACUCAAAAGUCUUGA